CAGGAAGGAGCCGAGCAGGAGAGCCGUGGAGAGCUGUCCAAGUGCUGAAACUGCAAACCGGGACUGCCCCAGCGUAGGGAGACGCUGGGAGCUGUCCAGAGUGCUGAAAUCAAACCCGCGGCUCUCCACCCCGGCAGAGGAGCUGUUGGAAGCUAUCCAGUUCUGAACCUUACACCCCGGGACUCUUUUUUUCUCUACCCCCACCACCACCCCCCCUCCCCCCCACAACCAUCAAGGAAUCGCUGGGAACUGUCCAGAGCCGAAAGUACGUCUCUGCCCCAUACAGAUCUGCAGAAGAAAAACAUGCCGCGCUCCUUCCUAGUUAAGAAAGUCAAGCUUGAUGACUUCCCAUCUCCUACAACCAGCAUCCCAUCGCCGACCUCAGACUACGAAAACGCUUAUGGCAGACGUGCCGCCAAUAACGUUGGAAGCCUAACUGCUCGGUUGCACGAAAAAGGCUACGUCGGUGACUAUAUCACGCCUUCCGUUUACGACGGAGAGCCCCAGAACGCGAUCAAAUUGUCUUCGCCCGAGCCUAUCUAUGCAGCGGUUCGCGGUGAGUACGGAGUCCCGGACUCGGAGCCACCGGAUAGCCCACAGUCGGGGAUUACAACCGGCUACAUCAACGGGGAUGCGGCGGUGAGCGAAGGCUACACUGUGGACGCCUUCUUCAUCACUGACGGCAGAUCGAGGCGGAAGGCUAUUGCCGGCCCCAGGAGCUCCAUCCAGCGCCACACAUGCAACGAGUGCGGGAAAACCUAUGCCACCUCGUCCAACUUGAGUCGACACAAGCAGACCCACCGGAGCCUGGAUAGUAAGAUGGCCAAGAAAUGCCCAACCUGUGCCAAGGUCUAUGUGUCCAUGCCGGCCAUGGCCAUGCAUCUCCUGACUCACGACCUCAAGCACAAGUGUGAAAUCUGCGGUAAAGCCUUCAGCAGACCCUGGCUCCUCCAAGGCCACAUGAGGUCCCACACCGGAGAGAAACCGUUUGGGUGCGCUCACUGUGGUAAAGCCUUUGCAGACCGCUCCAACCUCAGAGCCCACAUGCAAACUCAUUCAGCUUUCAAGCACUUCAAAUGCAAACGGUGUAACAAGACCUUCGCUUUGAAGUCCUAUCUGAACAAGCAUUACGAAUCCGCCUGUUUUAAAGGCGCUGUCCCGGCACUGAACGCAGUUGAAGCCUGAUCCUCACCGCCCACCCACCCCCUCCGAACCCUUCCUUCCGAACACCACUACCCCACCACCGCCCCCCCUCACACACACACACACACACACACACACACACACACACACACAUCACUGACCCUUCUUCCACCAAUUACCCCGAAUCUCUCAAGCAUUGAGGAACCCUACAGAAACACGAAUACAUGUGGAAAUGCUACGCGUUAUAGCACAUCGAAAAUGUUUUCUAUAUGAAAGUGAAGACAAAAAAACUGCUUGCAAUCUUCGAACAGACUGAACACAGAACAACGUCCUAACUCAAGCUGUAGAAAACACUCAGCCCUUACCAAAUCACUCGCUGAAAUUCAGCGAGAGGGGUGGGCAGUAAAGAUGUUUGUAACUAUUGAGAGGUCAGACCAUUUUUUUAAAUCCACACACAGAACUCGGAGGACAAUAAUGUACUUUUGCCAACGACCAGAUAUAGGCCCCUCCCCUUCUCUUUGAGGUAACAUUACCGGUAACAACGUGUUUGGUUAAUUUGUAAAACCUUCAAUUUAUUUGCUCAGUGACAAUUUAUUUGAUCUUUCUAUCAUUGACCCUUCCCCCCCCACCCCCACCUUGCACCCGGUCAAGUCUGAGCCACGAUUAGUGGUUCUUUUGGGUUUUUGUUUAAUUAUUGAGUUGCACUUUAUUUAUUAAUUUCUGGAAUUAAUUAUAGGAUCAAAAUCCGUUCAGUAUUUAACAGGUUACCAAUCUGUUACUGACAUGCCAAAGCGCUUGCCACUUUCAGAGGGAGAAAUCGAAACAAACUUUAGUUCGAUUAUUUUUUGCCGAACUAUUUGCAUUUUAUGCAUGUGACAGUAUCCAAUCUAUGCCAAUUGUAAGAUAACUAUAUUUUGAAUUUUUUGCAAGAAGAUGAAAAAUCAUAAGAAUUAAAUAAUGUAGACAGUUUUGAGGGCAAUAUUUCACGUAGGAGCCUGGACUAUGCUAUAGAGCAAUAAUUAUUUGAUGCAUGAUAUUUUUAAAAGAAAAAUAGUAUUUGAAUAAGCAGAUGAAUCAGGUACAUUUUAAUCCAGUAUUCUGAAUAGUGAGACAGUUAUUUAGGAUAAUAAUAAAUAAUUAUUAAUAUCAGGGAACUUUCCAAUAUAGUCUUAUAGGAUUUAAGACAAAUGAAUCUUCCAUUUUAACAUUGCCUGCCUUUGUUUCAUUGUAGUAUCGGGGAUGGUCCUUGUGGUGUUGAAAGGACAGCUCCCAGCCAUUCAAUGACUUUUGAUAAAUGAACAUCAUGAGGUGAAAUCACUCUCAACGCACUCCCAUUGCCGUCUUACUCUGUCUUAUUCCAUUUUAGGUUUACACCUGGUAGCACUAAAUGUCGGAUUCCUAGAUUCAGGUAGAAGGAAUUGUAUUUAUUAUUGAUAGUAACCAUCAGAGGAACACACCACACGCACACAGAAGAACUGUAUAUCGUGAGAAGUCUUGUAAAUAACAUUUGCCACUUAAAAAAAAUACAGGAUUUUUACAAAUUGUAAAAAGUGUUUAACCCUCCCAGUUUCUGGGAGAAAUUUUCACGGGAAUUUUUAAGCCAGUAUCAGACGGUUGUAAGCACAAUGACAACAGACAUUAUGGCGCACUUCAUAAUUAAAAUGACUAAUAACGA